CUGGGGCCGGGCUCUUGGAGGACCGGCUUAGCCGCGGGGUCCCUUUGCGCCACUCCCGCGGUGUUUUUUUCCGAGGCUUGGGUUUGCCCCGCGCGUGUUUGUGGAGAGCGGAAACAGCGGACGGGUUAGUCUCCUGGAGAAGAGGCCUAAUCCUCGUCCGCCAUGUCCGGGGGCUUCGUGCUGCAGCCGCGGGACGGCGGACCCCGAGUGGCCCUGGCGCCCGGGGAGACGGUGAUUGGCCGCGGGCCUCUGCUGGGAAUAACAGACAAGAGAGUAUCCAGAAGACAUGCCAUUCUUGAGUUGGCAGGUGGUCAGCUGCGAAUCAAACCGGUACACACAAAUCCAUGUUUUUAUCAGUCUUCAGAGAAGAGUCAGCUCAUACCAUUGAAGACAAAUCUAUGGUGCUAUUUGAAUCCUGGAGAUAGUUUUUCUUUGUUAGUUGACAGAUACAUUUUCCGCAUUCUCUCUAUAUCCUCUGAAGUGGAAAUGGAAUGUACCUUAAGAAAUAGUCAAAUGCUUGAUGAAGAUAAUGUAUUGAAUGAAACGCCAAAAUCCUCCGUUAUUAAUUUACCUCAUGAGACUACUGGUGCCUCACAACCAGAAGGAAGUGCAGAAAUAGCCAAGACCCAAAUGACUACUACAAAUAGUGUGUCUUUCCUAGGUGAAUGCAGAGACUUCAGUAAGCAGCAGCCAAUCCUUGCCGAGAGGAAAAGAAUCCUUCCAGCUUGGAUGUUAGAACAUUUAAGUGAUCAAAACCUUUCAGUACCAGCAAUCGGUGGAGGUAAUGUAACUCAGGGAAGUGGAAAAGAAGAAGUCUGCAAAGAUAACACCCAAGCAAACAUAACACAGCAAGGAAGAAGGCAAUUAAUUUCUGCAGGAAGUUCAGAAAAUACAUCAGCAGAACAAGACACAGGAGAAAAGUGCAAAAAUGCUGAUACGGAAGAGUCUGUCAUUUCAACCAAGGAAAUGCCACAAUCAUUUUCCGCAGUCACAUUAAGUAACGCAGAGAUGAAUAAUAUUAAGACUAAUAAACAGAGAAAUAAACUUCCAACAGAGGAACUUGGUAAAGUUUCUAAACGUAAAAUUGCCGCCAAAAGAAAACCACAUAAAGAAGAUGAUGCAGUGAGCUGUUUUGAGAAUUGUUUGAGUGCCCAAGGAGAGUCAUUUCUGGAUGAGUCUCAAGGGGCUCAUCCUGAGUCCAGCUCUAAUCCCUCCAAUUCAGUUCUACAAGGUUCUGUAGAAAACAAGGUCAAGAGGACAUCCUGCAUGUAUGGGGCAAACUGCUAUAGGAAGAAUCCUGUUCAUUUUCAAUGUUUUAGUCAUCCUGGCGAUAGUGAUUAUGGAGGUGUACAAAUCGUGGGCCAAGAUGAGACUGAUGACCGGCCUGAAUGUCCCUACGGACCAUCCUGUUAUAGGAAGAAUCCCCAGCACAAGAUAGAAUACAGACAUAGUAUACUUCCAAUGAGAAAUGUUUUAGAUGAAGAUAAUGAUAAUGUUGAGGAACGCAAUGAGUAUGACCUGAAUGACCGCUUUCUAGAUGAUGAGGAAGAAGACUAUGAGCCAACAGAUGAAGAUUCUGACUGGGAACCAGGAAAAGAAGAUGAAGAGAAGGAAGACAUGGAAGAGCUUUUUAAAGAAGCAGAAAAGUUUAUGAAAAGAAAAAAAUAACUCAUUUCUGUAGUCAUACGUACCUUACAUGUACUUCUUCUUUGUGGGAAAACACUUAUGAACUAAGGAGGUACUUAAGUGACAGUAAUUUUCCUUCUUUUGAUAAUGACUUUUACUACUGACCCUUUACAAAUGAGACAUUGAAAUGUCAGCCUUCAGUAUAGUGGAUGGAAUUUAUUUUGUUGCCUUGCCUUUUUUUUUUCCUACUUAAAGCAUAUGGAAAUAGGAAGACAGAGAAGGUAGAGUAAAAAUGAAUAUUUUUAAUGUGCUUUGUAUAUUGGUAAUAAAAAGUAAAAGCCAUAGAUUGUACAAAACUUUUGUUGUUUUAAAAUUUUUUCCAGAUACUAUCUUUAUGGAGUACUCUGCAAGUAUAACCAGGCAAAUUACAUGAAAACAUACGUCUUUCAUUGUUACUAAAGUAAUUCU